UCCUUCGCACCAGCCAUGCGAUUCACAAACUUCUUCAACCUUUGUAUGUUGCUCUUGAUCCAGAGUGAAGCUGUUUACUCAAGGUUUGUAUGCGAGGACAUGUCGAAACCGAAGGCCAAACUUGGUAUCUGUGUGAGACACAUCAACAUAGAGAAAGAUUCCAAGGUCCCAAACUUACCUCCAUUGGAUAAAAAAGAUUUCCUGGCGAUCGAUGCUACUCCAAAAGGCACCGAUCGGUUUACCUGCGACGGCUUGACUCUUCCGACGGGGGGCAUAACGGCAAGGUAUUGUUGCGACCUCAAACCGGAUACAAAGCCCCGAACUCUGGAAAAAGCAGAACUUGCCAUGCUUUGUUAUUCACGAGAUGCCAAGAAGAAAUCCCACAAGAGUUGA